UAUAAAUAUGAGUUCACUGUUGUUCAGGCGCCAGCUUACCAGAACAAAGAAUAUGAGGAAGUUAGGGUUAUUCCCAUACCCUCAUACUUUUAAUAAGGACAACCCUGCCUUCUUAAAUUACCCCAAGGAGGAUAGGUACAGCCAAAUUCAGAGAAAUUUUAACCCAGGAGACAUGCCUCAGCUUGCUUAUCAAAACGUGAGGAAGUUCCCAGAUUGGUAUAAGCCAUAUCUUAAUAACUAUUAUUCUCAUGGAUUCCUAGCCGUAUAUUUCCUUGCAAUGGUUGUAUACACUUGGACUUACAAGCAAGAGAUUAAGCUAGUCAAAGGAAGAAAGAAAAUUAUCGAUUAUGAUCACAAGGAUUGUCAAACGUUCGCUCAGAAGAGAAAAAGACUUUAUGCUAUAGAAAGAAUCGAAGCAGGAGAUGAACAAUGGACAAGGUAUCUUGAGCCUAAAGCAAGAAAUGAGCAUCAUCAUUAAUAAAAACAAUAACAAAUUAUUUCAA